CCGCAGGUUGCCUCGAAGCUUCACUCCACCACCUCACAUUCAUUCGGACAUCGCUACCUGCAGUUGACUAUCUAAUCCAUUAUUAACCAUGUUUAACACCAAGCCCAAAAUCCGGACCCGCACCGUCACCGUGCCUGUCAAGAAGCCCCCCGCCGGCGCCGACAAGCCUUUCUCAACGUCAGACGCACCGCGCAAGCCCUCACAAACCCAGGCAAACAGCAUCGCAAACAGCAUCGCAGACGGUACAAAUGGGAGUUUAGGGAAGGCCUCGGUGGCAGCGGCGCCAACAAGCCGGUACAGCCUGACACCCUCGGGGAGGGCCCAGAGCGUGUCCGCACAGUCGCGACCCGACCGCAAGUCGCUAUCCGUGUCGCAUGUCCAGCAGCGCAAGCGCAAGGUCACGCCUAGCACUCCACAGUGGGCGAGCAGCGACUCGGAGAGCAGCAACGACGAGGAUGAGGAUCGGCUGGGCGUACGGAAGCGGCAGAAGACGAGCAGCAGCAUGGAGCCCAUGGGCGUGAACCGCAGCCUCGAGCCGGAUCUCAACCGGCGCAUACGCAUCCAGGACCCAGGACUAAACGGAGAGCCCGCGAAAAAGAAGCCUGGCAAGGAGGCCAAGCUGAUACAUGGGCUGCAGAUGUCGACGGGUGCGUGGAACAAGGACUUCAGGCCUGCAUUUCCCGGCAGUGAACACAAUCUAGUCGUCAGGCUGCAGUAUCCAAGUCCUUCACCGCCAGAGAAGUUUGCAACGGCCAUUCCGCAUGACAACUCCAACUUUAAUCCCAUCGACGAUAUCUACUUCAACAUAGAAGAAAUUAUCCAACACUAUCUCCCAUCCGACCUCUCCGCCGAACUCUCGUCUGACAUCACUGGCCCCGUCCGGCUGCUCAAGCGCGCCGUCACCAAGGGCUCACCCGAGGACUUUCAAUCCGCUCUCAACGACUUCAACGCGCUGAUCAAAGCCAAACUCGAAGACGGCACCAUACCCAGGGUCCUCGACGCCCUACAUUCUAUCCCUCUUAGUCUGACCAAGCGCAUUCUCGCACAGGUCUACCAACGCACCGUCUCGCCUCAAGCGCACCUCCUGCGCAAGGUCAAAGGCAAAGAAACCACAUACGGCGAACUGCUCCCGCCCUUCGUCCACACCAUCUUCCACCAAACCCGACUCAACUCGUCUUCCGUGUUCGUCGACCUCGGCUCAGGCGUCGGCAACGUAGUCCUCCAAUCCGCCCUUCAAACCGGCGCUGAGAGUUGGGGCAUCGAGGUCUUGCCCACGCCCGCCUCAUUCGCCAACGAGCAAGCCGACGAACUGCGCGCCCGCGCCAAGCUAUGGAACAUCUCUCUUGGUUCGAUCCACCUCCUGCAAGGCGAUUUCCGCAAGCCCUCCGAUAUUGAUGCCAUCCUAGGACGCGCCGACGUCGUCCUGGUGAACAACAAAGUCUUCCCGCAGCAACUGAACGGUGUGUUGCUGGACAAGUUCUUGGAUCUGAAGAUGGGGUGCAAGGUCGUGAGUUUGGCGAGCUUUGGCGGAGGUGGGAAACAAGGCCUUCGGAACGAGCAGAGCAUUGCGAAUUUGUUUGAUGAAGAGAAGUUCGAUUCUGGAACGAAUAGUGUCAGUUGGGCGGGCGAGAGUGUUGAAUACUUUAUUGCUACGAAAGCGCGAUGAAACUGGGUCUGUUGAUCUUGAUUACGCAUGAUGAGUGUUUUCGGACUUGACCUCAGGAAGGGUGAGAUCCAGCCAGUCUUUUUUUUUGGGGGGGGGUGGCGCCGGAUUGGGUUUGGACUUUUAGAGCAUUCCCAUUUGGUGGACGGCAUGUGUGUGAGCCUUUAGGUCGACGGAUGACCUCAGUAGAGUCAGUCGUUGCAGCGGUGACUGUAGAGAACGGAGACACAGCUUCAGAGUGUAAGCGUAGAUGUAUGUUUAUCGAGUUAGGUUUCGAGCACCAGCUAGAUACCCAUUGAGGAAAGAAGGAUCUCAGGUAAUCUUAG